CCCCGCAACCCCUACAUGGUGGAGGCCAGUGGUCGGCCUGAGUGUAGUUCAGAGAUGUUCUUUUUACUUUUGUUGCCUGUGCUUACGUUAGCAAACAUUUCUAUUACCCCACUGAACAGUGGGAUUAUUUUUCAAAAAACGCAGCCGGUCGUGUGCACAUCCAGCACUUACACGAUUAACGCCGAUUUCAACCUCGCGGCAAUCCACAAACAGGAUGUUGACCUCGAGGAAAACUUCAGCGUUUUGGAGAAACAUCUUAACGCCAUGCAGAACAACACGGAAACGGUAAACGCUGCGUUCGUGUCAGCACUUCAUGCGCUGCACUACGAAUUAUCCGCCUGCGUAGUUGAAACGCAGCAAAUUUUUGAUAUGCUUCCUCACAACAGGCUCGAGCGCACCAAACGAGGCUGGUUUGACGGGCUCGGUAAGGCGAUUUCUGGAAUUACAGGUUUGAUGGACGCAGACGAUAGCAAAUUGAUCACCGAGCACAUUGAGAAACUAAGAGAGAGAACGUCGGACAUCAAACUAGAGACAACCGCCCAAAAAACUAUUAUCCACAACAUCUUGGAAAACCAAGUGAAUAAUACAAAACUAUUAGGCGAACUUGCUUCUAACUUAUUUAAUAAAACAAACUCGUUGGUCACUUUGUAUAAUGAAACCACCAAACAAAUGACAGAAAUACGAAACGUAGUCAACUUGGAGAGUAAACUCAGAACAAUAACUUUUCUUAUCCAGAAAAUUAAAAAUGAGCGGCAAAUUUUAAAACAGGGUCUGCAGAGUGCUCUUGAGCACAAGCUCACGCCGAAUCUUAUUAAAGAAUCUCUAUUUUCUGAAAUCUUAAAAAAAAUCGAGAAGAACUUACCAAAGACCCUCCAAUUACUGUCGGAAGUCACCUCCGAAACUCUCCCCCUCUUUUUCCUAACCAGCGAAUGCGAGACAGUUAUCCUCCUAAACACUCUGAGGGUGACCGUCCGCAUUCCAACGAAACAAUUCGAAAAUGAUUUCUCCUUAUACAAAAUUUUUUCGGUCCCAUGGUACAUUGAAAAAAUCCGGCAAUUCGCUACGUUUUCCACUAAAAACUACGUCUUGAUGGAUAAACUUAUGCAUAUUUUUACACCUAUCUCAGAGCAAUUCCUGUCAUCCUGUCAACCUACAACUUCCUUCAUACUCUGCAAGAACGCAAUUCCUUUAAUAACCCCAAACAAUAAAAUUUGCGAAUAUAAUCUCUUCACAUCCCACUCUGCUUUAAACUGCGAAAAGUCCUUGGUCCCCAAUUUUUCUGAAUACUUCAUAAAAGUUGGAGAACAAUGGCUUUUCUCCGUCGAUAAACCUACCAAAGUAGCAAUUAAUUGUGAAGGUCGGCUGGAAUUCCGCACUCUCACAUCAAUUGGGUUAAUCCAGGGAGCCAAGAAGUGCAGGGUUGCAUCCGAAUACCAUGUGCUGCAACCAUCCGUACAAGGCCAAAUGAGUGCGGAAUUGCAGUUGACCGACGCGCUAAUUCCGCUAAUUUCCAAUGACUCGCUGUUCAACCACGCAGAGAACAAAAUGCUUUCCACAAUAUCCGGAAACCAAGAUCUGAUUAAUAGAAUUAAUCAGAGCCUGCUUUCCGGAGAAACAAAUGUAAGACUCAGCGAGGUCCUACAAAGUGUAGUCCAGGCCAGGGAGGGCGACGCCUGGUCAUACUCUGAAAUCCAUAUCCAUGGACUUCCCAUUUUCGUAAUAGUGGUUGGAAUGGCCCUGUGUUUUGUUGCCGUGCAACUACACAGAGCUCUAAGAACUAGAGUAAAUGUAGAAACCUCUGAACUUAACUAAAUUUACCGCCAAUGCUCUACCAACUAAAUUUUUUUUUCUGAGCUUCUGAAGGCUCCAAGCCAAUACUUGGCAAAUAACUUCAGAUGGUGGAACGCCCCCAAUAUAGAUAUAUCAAUAGAAUAUCAAUAUCAAAAUUAUAGAAUAUUUGAAAUAUUUGUUUUGUUUUUUUUCCUCAACCAUGAUUAAAUCAAAUUUC